UAGUGGCACUACGGUAAUCCUGUGAAACUGGAGCACAGGGCUGCAGGGAAAGUUGUGAUAGCGUCGGUAAACCGGAGACUGAGCCACCGUAGAAUGCGUAGCAUUCAAAGGGCGAUUGCAGCAAGAGAUUAGGCGUUGCAUUGAAGACGAAGAGUGGCGACUGAGUGAAGUGCCGGUCACAGAGUCUGGCCGCUUUGGGGUGGCGUUGUUUCGGCAUUUACCCCCACGAAGUCUUCGGAGCGAGAAAUAUAACGUGAGCGAAACGUGUGUGUUGAAGGCAGCUGUGUGUUCGAAACCAUGGUUAAUCUUGAAGGUUACUGUGAAGGCAACUCAUCCUUGUCAGAAGUAUGGAUUCAACAUGGACUAUUCCCAUGUUUUUAUUUCACACUUGUUUCAACGGUACUUUUGAGCAUUGUCUUCUUUCUUGGUGCACUGCAGUGUGCUUGUUACAAUAUAUAUGGCACCACCAUGGAGCCAAAGCACGUACCUCGCUCUCGUCUGUUUCACCUUCAGUUGUUGCUAACAAUAAUUCUACUGCUGCAGUUUGCAACCUACAUCCUCUGGCAGGUCUUCAGCUUGGACAUCGUCUACGGAUACAUGAUUGUAUAUUCUUGCCUAUCUCUCAUCGGAUGGGCAUGUACCAUCUUCCUACUACACUUGGAGCGCAGAAGGGUGAUGGUGCGAGACAGAACGCGUGGCCAUGGUACUAUUCUACUACUUUUCUGGGCUCUGGGAUUUGCAGCGGAGAAUCUGACAUUUGUGUCGUGGAAAAGUCCUCUAUGGUGGUGGCCCCUGGACAAUACUGACCAGAAGGUACACUUUGGUCUGUGGAUGGUACGAUAUUUCUGUACGUUUCUGUUGUUUGCCCUGGGAUUGAAAGCACCAGGUUUGCCUCGAAGACCCUACAUGGUGAUCAUUAAUGAGGAUGAACGAGAUGUUGAAUGCAAUGAGCCUCUCUUAAAUCAGACCGGUAACCAAUCUACAUGGAAGGAUUUCUAUAAGAAGGUGCAAUUGCUUGUGCCGUACAUGUGGCCCAAAGGAAACAUCUUGCUGCAGAUCUUCGUUCUGUUAUGUCUUUUGUUGCUUGCAGUCGAAAGAGUCAUCAAUGUUUACGUGCCGAUUUACUAUAAAAACAUAGUGAAUGAACUGAGUGAUGAAGCCCCAUGGAAGGCCCUAGCCACGACCGUCUGCUUGUAUGUACUACUCAAAUUCCUGCAGGGAGGUGGUACAGGGUCAUCUGGAUUUGUAAACAACAUACGUUCUUUUUUGUGGAUUAAAGUCCAACAAUACACCAGCCGACAUGUUCAGAUCGGACUUUUUGCUCACCUUCAUUCCCUUUCUCUUCGCUGGCACCUUGGCAGAAAGACUGGGGAAGUCCUUCGCAGUGUGGACCGUGGCACCAACAGUAUUAACAGCUUGCUGAGCUACAUUAUUUUCAGCAUCUUCCCGAUGAUUGCUGAUAUUGUCAUCGCCAUCAUUUACUUCAGUACAAAUUUCAAUGCCUGGUUUGGACUCAUUGUCUUUAUAUGCAUGGUGUUCUACUUGACCACAACCAUUCUGAUAACUGAAUGGAGAACAAAGUACAGGAGAGAAAUGAACACCAGGGACAAUGAGGCAAAGUCGAAGGCCGUUGACUCUUUGCUGAACUUUGAAACGGUGAAGUACUACAAUGCUGAGAGUUACGAGGUGAACCAAUUCAAUGAUGCCAUACUGAAGUAUCAGAUGGCAGAGUGGAAAGCUUCUGCAAGUCUCCCAGUUUUAAACCAAAGUCAGAACUUGAUCAUUAGUCUUGGGCUGCUGGCUGGAUCCCUGCUCUGCGCCUACUUUGUAACCGAGAAAAAGUUUAAGGUCGGUGACUUUGUCCUGUUUGGAACCUACAUCAUUCAGCUGUACACACCACUUUAUUGGUUUGGGACCUAUUACAGAAUGAUCCAGACUUCAUUCAUAGACAUGGAGAAUAUGUUUGAUCUAUUCAAAGAGAAUCAGGAGGUUGCUGAUGACGUCAAUGCAGGAAAUCUCGACUUCAACGUGGGGAAGGUGGAAUUCGACGAAGUUUACUUCAGCUACGUGGAUGGUCACGAAAUCUUGAAAGGCAUAUCAUUCACCGUUCAACCGGGACGCACGCUGGCCCUGGUUGGACCCUCGGGUUCAGGGAAAAGCACAAUCAUCCGUCUCCUCUUCCGGUUUUAUGACAUCAGAGGAGGUUGCAUUAAAAUUGAUGGCCAAGACAUCUCAAAGGUGAAGCAGCAGUCUCUGCGUUCACACAUCGGGGUCGUGCCCCAAGACACCGUCCUCUUCAACGACAGCAUCAGAAACAACAUCCGCUACGGCAGAGUGACUGCCAGUGACGAAGACGUGGAAGAAGCCUCUCGGGCCGCCGAUAUUCACGAACGGAUCAUCACAUUCCCCGAUGGUUACGAAACACAAGUGGGUGAGAGAGGCCUGAAGCUGAGUGGAGGAGAGAAACAGCGAGUGGCCAUUGCCAGAACGAUCCUGAAGGCACCUCAGAUCAUUCUUCUGGAUGAGGCCACAUCUGCUCUGGACACACACACCGAAAGGAACAUUCAGGCCUCGCUUGCCAAAGUGUGUGCCAACAGGACUACGAUCAUCGUGGCUCACAGAUUGUCAACGGUGAUCAAUGCAGAUCAGAUCCUUGUGCUUCGGGACGGGCAGAUAGUGGAGAGAGGAAGCCACGAGGUGCUGCUGGCCAAAGAUGGAGCUUACGCUGAGAUGUGGAUGAAGCAACAGCAGUCGGAGACAGGGGACUCGUCAUCUGACACUGAGACCAAAGACAGGAGCACAGAGAAGUUGCAGCCACCCAGCAACAAGAAGGACUGAGAGCCCAGCCGUCCCAACAGCAAGGUUCCUCACCAUCCAUGCCGUGAAUGUACUGGGCCCAUGUGCUCAGCUGACGCUGGCUCACACGAUCGACCCAAACACUCAUCAUGUGGAUCCAGACUCCCAUACAAUCCCAUCCUUCUCCAAGAGGAAGAAAAGAUCCCACUCAUUACAUGAUUUUCUUUAUAGGUUUUGGGAAGUAGUUUAAAGCUCUAACGUUUCAUUUGUAUUCUCAGACAUUCAUCCCUUGUGUUUCCCGAUUGGACUUAGGAUGUGUGUUUGUUCUUCUUGGAUAUUAAGUAUGGCAAGUGGUAAGAAGACGCAAAGGACACGCCAAGGAGCCUGUUGAAACCGUGUAAUUAUAGACAAUAGACAACAGGUGCAGGAGUAGGCCAUACAGCCCUUUGAGCCAGCACCGCCAUUCAAUGUGAUCAUGGCUGAUCAUCCACAAUCAGUACCCCGUUCCUGCCUU